CUUGGACACACCUCGUUCUGCUACCCCUGCAAAGCUUCAAAAAGGUGGCAGAUUCUUCUCCUGUGCCAGUUGACCGACCUUUUGCACCUCCAUGUCGCGCGAGGAGAAGCUCGCGCAUCGCAGAGCAGCACGGCGUCCCUCGGUAUCAUCAGCACAUUCUCUGGACGGACUCCACCACAGAUCUCUUUCUCUCUUCGUCUGCAUCCCGUAAACUUCCCGUCAACUUCUGUCGGUCCCGCGGUGGAGGAUGGCAGCAGCCCUGCGGAGUGUGUUUGGCACCUCGGCCUUGCUGCUUUGUGUGAUAAUCUGCAGUGAUGUGCCAUGUUUCGUCCGCGCACAUCUCUACAAGAACCGCUACGCUGGUGAUCAGGUCUUCAGGAUAACGCCAAGCAAUGACCAAGAGGUGGAUGAGCUGAAGGGAAUUCUGGGGCACCUUAAGGUGGACUUCUGGCAGCCCAACAGUGUCACACUGAUCCAUGGCAACGCUACUGUUGAUGUACAUGUGAAGCGCAAGGACACACAGGCGCUUCAUGUCCAUCUAAAAGAGAGGCAGAUCGACUAUAGAGUGUUUAUCACAAAUCUUCAGCGGGAAAUCGAAAAACAGACGGGACACAGUUCGUCUCGCAAGCGGAGGUCAGCGUCUCAGUACGACUACGAGGUGUACCAUUCUCUGGAGGAGAUACAGAGCUGGAUGUUCGAGAUGAACCGAACCCACUCAGAUAUGGUUGAUCUGUUCUCUGUUGGGAAGUCGUAUGAGGGACGGCCGCUCUACGUGCUUCAGCUCGGAAAGAGAAGUCGUCCCCAGAAGAAAUCUGUUUGGAUCGACUGCGGGGUUCACGCCAGGGAGUGGAUCGGGCCUGCUUUUUGUCAGUGGUUCGUCAAAGAGGCCCUCAGUUCCUACAAGCACGACUCAGUCAUGAGGCGACUGCUAAACCAGCUCAACUUCUACGUCAUGCCUGUUUUCAACGUUGAUGGCUAUCGUUUCAGCUGGACUACGGAUCGAUUCUGGAGGAAGACCAGGUCCAAAAAUCGUAAAUUCCACUGCAGAGGGGUGGACGCGAAUAGAAACUGGAAAGUGAAGUGGUGUGAAGAGGGCGCCUCCUCCCACCCCUGUGACGACACUUACUGCGGUCCCUUUCCUGAAUCUGAACCUGAAGUCAAAGCGGUUGCCAGGUUCCUGCGGAAGCACAAGAAGCACAUAAAAGCCUACAUAUCGAUCCAUGCGUACGCCCAAAUGCUGCUAUAUCCAUAUUCCUACAAGUACGCCACCAUCCCCAAUUUCAAUUGUGUGGAGUCAGCAGCUCAUAGUGCAGUGACAGCCUUGUACUCCGCCUACGGAGUCAAGUACAGAUACGGACCGGCCUCCACCACACUCUAUGUAAGUUCAGGGAGCUCCAUAGACUGGGCCUACAAGAACGGCAUCCCCUACACCUUCGCGUUUGAGUUGAGGGACACUGGAUACUUUGGAUUCCUGCUGCCUGAGUAUCUGAUCAACCCGACUUGCACGGAGACCAUGAGAGCUGUGAAAGCCAUUUCAUCUGGUUUGUUAAAGAAGUGUGAGACACAAAGGGACAGAUUUAUGUUUGUAUGAUGGGAACUGAAAAGCCAUUGUUUACACUCUGUCCUCUGAUAGACAUGAGCUGAUGGUGGUGGAAUUACAGUAGUUCACAGUUAUGAGUAAAGACCUGCAUUUACAAGACAGGGAUGGCUCUUGUCUCUGUGAUGCAACAAAGGAAUUGGCAUAGAUAAGCUUCCAACAGCAAAGACAUUCAUCAAAGCACUUGACAUGCUAAGGCGGCACUGUUGAUGAAAUGAGUCAAAAAUCAGCCAUGCAGCCAUGUUUAUGAUUUUGAUAUCAUUUAUUUUUUUGCUAAUUUAUUUUUUCAAAAUACUCCUUCAAGUCGAACCUACGAUUGUUGUGUGGUGUUUCGAUGCCUUUGUAACUGCAACAUAUUUGGUUUAUCGAUUUUUAUCGGG